CAUCACUUCCGCCAGCGCGAGUCCUUCCGGGGAGAAGGUCACCAUGGCGGCGCCCUUGGCUCGGCUUGGGCUGCGAUCCGUCAAGCAGGUUCGGGUUCAAUUUUGCCCCUUCGAGAAAAACGUGGAGUCGACGAGGACCUUUCUCCAAGCCGUGAGCAGCGAGAAGGUCCGCGCCACCAAUCUGAACUGCACGGUUAUUGCAGACGUGAGGCAUGACGGCUCCGAGCCCUGCGUGGACGUGCUAUUCGGAGACGGGCAUCGCCUGAUAAUGCGUGGCGCUCACCUCACUGCUCAGGAAAUGUUCAUCGCUUUCGCUUCCCACGUUCGGGCCAGGAACCCAGCGGGGAGCCGGGACAAACCUGGCGCUGGUACUGAACGGUGACAUCGCGAAAGAAACCAACAAGCAGAUUUUGACUUGGGACAAGGACAUUUAAGCGCGACUUCAUCAUUCAAGUCACUGUCUGGAGGGCCACGGAGCAGGGUGGGAUGGGAGAGCUUUGCCACUACAAUGGUUGGGGGGCAAGAGAAGAUACGGGUGAGAAGAGGUUUAAAUGAACUUGAAUUUUUUUCUUUUUUACCCUCACUCACAGCUUAACCCUUUUUAAUAUGGCUUCUUACAUCACUCAAAAUACUGUUUGUUCUUGUUUACCAAACGUGCUAUUUCCUCAAUCCUCAGCUCUCUAUCUCAUUAGCUUUUUUUCACUCUUAAUUCACCUUCUCAUGGUACCUCUGCCCCUCUUGGAUUUUUCUUUCUUCUUAAACAUAAAGGCAUACUGCUCUCA